AUGAGUCAAAAUGAAGAAGAGGAUAUCCUUCCUGACAGCCGUUUUGUGACCUUGACUGGCACCAUCACACGGGGAAAGCGGAAAGGCCAAAUGGUAGACAUCUAUAUGACGCUUACUGACAAAGAGCUGAGAGACAUGGCGCGCUCCAAAGAGCGUCUAGAUGCAGAGUGUGACGGGGUCGCGGAAGCCAAGCAAAAUCCCUGUGCGCUGGGGGUCAGUCAGGGCCCUCAUGUUCUCCUCUGGAGCCUUUCCUGCUCGCCGUUCAUCUUCCUUCUCUCCUUCAUCACAUCGUUUUACUACGGGACGCUCACCUGGUACAACGUUUUCCUGGUUUACAAUGAGGAACGCAGCUUUCUGCACAAGAUCACGGUGUGUCCCUUGCUCAUUCUGCUAUAUCCCGUGCUGAUUAUGACGUUGUGUGUCUGUAUGGGGGUGUACGCUGCCGUGACCCAGCUGUCCUGGGUUUUUGGAGAAUGGUGGUUGGCGGUGAGGGACCUGGAGAAGGGCUUCUGUGGGUGGAUGUGUGGUAAGCUGGGGCUGGAGGACUGUGCCCCGUAUAAUGUAGUUGAGCUGCUGGACUCUGACACUCUGUCCGGGACCCUCCAGGGGAAGAGGAUGGAAGAUGUUGAGCACACUUCUACUUUGUGAACUUGAUGGAUGGAAUAACUUUUGGAUUUAAGGAAUGUUUUUGGUUAAUACAAGUUAAGUUCUGUCAAUGGCAUCUGUGGCAUGCUGAAGAAGAUCAUUUUGACUUGGACAGGAUAUGUCUUCAGACUUUUCAGUCAACUUGAAGUUUUAAGAUUUUUCUUUUCAACAUAAAAAUGAGUCAAAAUGGUUUUUGACAGCAUUUAACUUGUUUUCAAGCCUGAGCAUUCAUAUUAAAGGGUUAGUUCACCCAAAAAUGAAAAUUCUGUCAUUAAU